ACGAUUUGAAAAAUAUUUUUUUUAUUUCUAAAUUCUUCCGUUUAUAAGCACCUUGAAGAUGUCCCGUGAAAAUUCUAAUGCUCGAGUUGACAACAUUUCAACGAAACAUGUUGAAAUAAAUGAAAAAACGUUAAGAAGAUGUUUGGAAUUGUUAUGCAGGAACUGGCAAUUUACAAGACAUGACAGCAUAAAGAACCUUCUUUUGGCAGCAAUUCGAGAUGCUAGAAAAUGUAAAAAUGUCAAGCCAAAACUUCAACCAUCAUACACAGUUCCACCAAGACCAAGACCAAGAACAUCAAUUGUUAGACAAAAGACAGCAGUUUCAAGAAUGUUAAGUGAAGAUCAUCCAGCUGGAAAUGAAGCUUCAGAAUAUUUUGACACAGCAAGUUCCUCAAAAGUUCAUCAGUCACCGAAAAGACCUCAAAGUGCACAGAAUCGACAACAAACUCCUCAAAAGCAGUUACAGACACCACAAAAAGUCACAAGCAAAUCACAUUACGAUCUACAAACUCCACAAAGUGCACAACCUGAGCAUUCAAGCACCAGACAAGAUGCAAGUGGAACUCCGAAUGCAUUUUUAGGUAUUUCUCGUCUCCAACAAGGCACUGUUCCAACAUCAACACCAUUCAAGUCAGGAGCUGCUAAACAAAAGAAUCCAGAACUAUCAUUUCAAGUUAUUUUGCCAAGCAAGCAUGAUCAGUCACAGAUGAGGAGAAUCCAAUGUGAUCAUAAUUUGUCAAUUGAUGACUAUGAGAGGAUUAUUGACAUUGUUGAAAGCUUUACUGAUGUUGAUAAUUUGAGUAAUUCAUUGAUUACUGUAUCGAAGAGGAACUUGUCACAGAUUGUACCUGGGAAGUAUGAUCUUAUGAGAGCUGUUUGAGGGAUGUUGGGGAUUAAAUUAAUAAAAUUUAAUAUGAUGUGAA